UGGUAGAAUGGUGCAAAAUUAUAAGCGCGAUAUUGAAAUUCGCAAAUGUAAAGUGUGGAUAAAAUGUUCCGUAUCUGCGUCUACCUUUACUCUUGUUGAGCCAACCAGUCACCACGGCACGGAAGCGAAAGGCACUGCAGCCACCGUGGCCAACGGCUAACUGUCGCGGGUACCUUGCCAAGACUUAACGGGACUCUGCCUGCCCGGGCUGCGCUCGACCGACUUGGGAGUCAAAACGAUAAAUUUGAGCUGAAACUGAGCGAAGCACAAUGCCUGCCAAACGGCGACAGAGGACAAAGGUGCGGGGGAAGGUCUCCCGUUCCAAAGACUUGUCAUCAGAAGAGAUGGAUUCACAGGAUCAAUUAAAUGAGAUUACCAACAGACUGGCAAAAAAGCAAUUGAAAUCUAGUACAGACACAGAGGUUGAGCACCAGGAACAAAAGGAAAACCAUGGUAAAAGAUUGGGUGAUGGCUAUGACGCUGACUUUGAGACCAGCGAGUUCAGCACUGCAUCGGCAGGAAGCGAUAUGGAUUACCAAACCCAACCCAGCAAGCCCACCGAUUCCUUCAGAAGUGUUCUCUCACCUAGCCAAGGGUCAUCAGGAAAGCGAAAGGGAAACAAACAAGGGAAUCUGCAGAAACAAGCGGUAAUGCGACAGAGUCAACAAAUGGGGCAGAAUCGCAGCAAGUCAAGCAAUUCUUCCAGAAAUCAGCAAACACAAAGCCGAAGACAGAGCAAGAGGAAGACUCGAAGCACUGAUUCCUCCAAAGGCCCUUCAGAAUACAGCUCCAUGGCUUCCUCCUCCCUGCUUAAGUCACCUGAGAUGAUGUUCUCCCUCCCCAACGGGUCGGACAGUUCCACCCCUCUGUCGGGCGGACCGGACUCCAAGACCGAAAUGAACGAUUCUUGCUUUGGGUUCGAAGGACUGUUGUCCCCGCCCCAGCAGCAACCGUUGCCAUUCUCUCCAGUCCUCCCUGACUCCCCAUCCUACAUGGUUGACAGUCUUGCCACGUCUCCUACUCUAAGCCGCAAGGAGGAGGUCGAGGAACACGAGGAGGCCCAGGAUGCGCCCCUUUCCCCGUCACCAUCGGACAACCUUGUCCUGAGAUUGUCUCCCUCGCCAGAACGUGCCAUACCAGAGUCGUCAUCCAUGUACUCCUCUAUGGAUUCCAAGUCAUACGCAUCAUCGAGGGGAGGUCAGAAGAGGAAGGUCGAUGUCAAGCUUACAAGUCUCAUCCACAAAGAAGAUGAAAAGGUCCCUCCAAAGAAAACAGUGAAAAGGAGAAAAACGCAAAAGAAGAAGGAAGAGGAUGCGUGGACCAUGAAGAUGAGCACGGAGUUUGAUGAUAUUGAUAUGUAUGAGCUAACAGUGGAAUGAACAUGUAUUGGAUACUACCAUAGCUCUUGGGUACAAGGACAUAGUCUGUAUGCACAGACUCAAAUUCAACACUUGAACAAGCUAUACCAUGUCUGGAGUGAAGACUACAUGUAGACUCCAAACUAUCUGUCUGUGUCUGAUAAGAAGCAGUUUCAGUGCGUGAGUGGAUCUAGUCCAACUACUUCAGAGUCGGCAUCAUUCACUCUGCGAAAACCAAAAGGUCUGUGCCUGCAGACUAGCUAGGGCACGUGUCAGGUGAUGGAUCAGGUGAUAUGGGAACAUUCCUUUCUGCACACAUUUCAAUUUAGCAAUGUCUUGGAAGAAGCCCUCCCACUUACACCAUGGUCAAAAGAUGUAAAAGUCGAGCAAUGGGAACGAGGUUGCCUGCUGUUGACUGUGCAUGCAUGUACUUGAUAUUCUGUGAUAUGGAUCAUUGAAUACCGUAUUUAUCGUGUUCCCACUUCCUGAAGUAUUCUCAUCUGCAUGAUGCACUUUACAUGGAAAAUAGAAAGUAUAUGAUACGAGAAUUUUGUAAAUACCUAAAUGUCAUGUGCACCGUAACAAUUAGAUGAUUUGAUUACAGAAGUUAAACAUUUCCAACAAGCAUAAUACAGAGUUUCAUCAAAGUUGGAUAUCAAGUAACAUAUUUUUUACUUUUUACUUCAUUUUACAAGAUCAAUUAUAUUAACAGCAUUGUGAUGUAUGUAAAUAUGAGAGAGCAGAGGACAUCAUAAUCUGACUAUUCCAUAUCUAUUUUAUUACAUGAAUUAUGAUUUUAUUUUAUUCAAUUUAUAAAGCACUUGAUUGAAUGAUAAGAAAUUUCAACAGGUUGUUCCAUGCAUUCAAAGAGGAGUCAAACCAUGCUUUACAUAAAAGAAAGAAAAAAAUUGUAAUCUUCGGUUAUCUGGAUUGAUAAAAUAGACACAAAACAGAGAAUGAGUUUACUUUUAGUGCUAUGAUUAUUAAAUUCUGCUUUAUUUGAUCAAAUCAACUUCGUGUUUAGGGCUUUACACUUAUUUUGUAUAAUAAACUAAUUCAUUGUUGUUUGUCUGAAUAGGCCAGUGUUGUUAGUGAAGUCUUGUCUUUUCAGUGAUCUCUAUUGGAGAUCAUUGAAGAAGAAAAAAGGAAACAGUUCCUGCAUAUUGUUUAUGUAUUAAUGAAGGAUUAUGAUGUUGUUUUUUUUAACAAAUCGCUAUCAUGCUAUGAAAUGGAUCACUAUUCACAGUAUUUUUUUUCCAUGUGACACUAUAAGUGUCAUUUUAGUUACUUGAUUGAGCUUAGAAUGAAAAUCAUCAGCAGAGUGAAAUUGUGUUGUACAUAGACUUGAACAAUCAUUAAUCAAAGGUUUGUAAUUGAAUGAUUAAAGAUAAAUGAAUGUGGUUGAA